AUGAAGCAAGAGAAAAGGGACCAAGAAACCUCCGCCGUGUCCGCGCCUUUACACGAGCUUCCCGUCGUGAGCCGCGGGCGAAUCCUCCGUGAUGAAGCAGGAAACAUUGUCGAUGUUGAAAUGGUAGAGGAUGGAAACUCAGAGGGCAGUGGGGACGAGAAGGAGCCUCUUGCACGGAAGUGGGUUGACCCACCGGUGGUGACCAGCCCCGAGCGAACGGACGUUGUCAAAAGUCUACAGGCGCUAUCUCGCAAUGUGACCAAAGUGGUUCGAACUGCGAGUGCAGGCGAGAAAACGUGGCUCAAGGACGUUGUUGCAAAGUAUGGCAGUGACUUUGAAGCAGCUGCGAGAGACCGAAAGCUCAACCCGUGGCAGAGGACUGCAGGCGAGAUCCGACGCUCACUACGAGCAAUCCAGUCCUCCUGGUCGGCUGUACUGGGCGUGUAUCGCCUGCUUAAAAACCUCCCGCUAACGCUGCAAACCGUCACCCGACCUCGCGGAAGUCUCUUACCCUCGUUUGCGCGGAAAGCAAAGCUCGACUUGUCUUUAUAUUGGAACAAAACUGUGUCAGCGAGCACAAUGUCGUCCAACGGUGCCACCCUCCAGUCGGCGUCGACAGCCCGCGCAGCUGCCCACCCUUACGCAAACGCGCGAGCUUCUCGCCGCACAUCGAGUUUCGACGAGAAGCCCCAUGUUUCUCCAACGAGCGUAAUUUCUCCGACAGAGGAUAUUCCGACUACCACGGGACGUGCAAAGAAGAAGACUAGCUCUGUCCCUCAGCAACAACCUAAGAGCUCUCGGCAACAGUUUUCUGCAUGUCAUGCCUGUCGCUACCGAAGGGUCAAGUGCGAUCUAAAGGACCGGGGUGAGGAUGCAGACCCGUCUGGCGAUAUCAGCUGCACAAACUGUCGGGAACGCGGCAUACGGUGCAAGGAUGAUUAUGCAGAAAGCAAGAAGCAAUUGCGCAGAGGAAAGCGCAUCAAUCAAUUGGAGCUCGAAGACAAUCUGAUGGACAACACUGAGGACAUUGGAGCAUUCUCGCUGCGUCCGAGGGUGACCAUUCCGAACCUCAAGCCAGAGUUCUUCGACUCACCGUUUUAUCGGCGCUUCUAUAUCCAACGCCCAAUCAUCGAUCCAGUAGAGUUUCGUUCUCGUUACAUUGCCUGGCUGCAACAUCACACCAGCCCAGAGUCAAACGCCUCGCUAUCUUCUGCCACAACUCCGCUCUCGGCUGAGGGUCAGCUCCUGGCAAAGGUUUUGGUCGUGUGGGCUGCUGCUUACGGCGUAGAUGAAGCCGGUGCAGAGCAGCCCGGAAACUCGUAUCAAGAUGUCCAAAAGCGGAGGCUGCGCGUCAAAGGAAUGAUAGAGGAGAUUAUCCAUCUCGUGGAUUCAUUGGGACUUCUGCGGAGGCCUUCCUGGGAUGGAGUCCGCUGCUUGUUAAUGACACUGCCCUUGACCGAAGACGUGCUGGAUAAUCCGAUGGAUCGCCUUUCCAUGUAUGAAGGCGCUGUUCAACAAGUGUAUACCCUCUGUCAACACGAAGGGGUCGCAACUGGUCUCACUGCGGAAGCGCGAGCGGCAAAUUCCCUAGUCCGGGCUCGUAUUUUCUGGUAUGCACACGUCCAUGAAGGGUUGACAACUGGAUUACGUGGUGGCCGCCUGAUUAUGCAUGACGAGGACCUCAACCAGUUUCACAAGGAGCUGCCUUCCCCAUCCUCAUUCGCAAACCGGCAGGCCCUCCAACCAUCCAAUAUGACGUACUCGCUUGCAUUCCAAUACGCAACAGCUCCGAUUCGCCUUGCCUCAGCCUGCAGAAAGGUUCAUGCCGCUCUCACUGGCCCCAAGGCCAGAUCUGCAAAGCGACUCGACGGGAAAAAACUCGAGGAUACUUGGGAAGCAUUGGCCGUAUGCUGGGAAGAAUUCGAGAGCCUCCGACCGAUACAGCGGAACGACUAUCUCAAGAAUGAAGACAACCUCCGAUUUGUAGAUGGCUGGCAGAUCUUUCUCUUUGAGUGUUAUAACGUCAUUCAAGAAAAGAUUCGAGACCGUCUGGAUGCGGUUCGAGCAGCACAGAUCACUGAAGAAGGCGAAAAUCCCGACUCUCCUGGUACCGUGGAGUCGCUUGUGCGUGAUCUGAACAAGUAUUUGGCCAUAGCGGAAUCCAAGUGCUAUGAUCUACUCGAUCACGUCGUUGUUCUCAUACGGCGGCACCUAGGGUCCAGCUUCUUUGCCUACGACGCAUCCCUUGUCCGAGACGGAUGUUUCUUUGCCGGGCAUACAUUGGCCAUGAUGCCGGGUCGAGAUGAAGACGUCAAGGCGUGUUUGCAGGCAUUGUCCGAAAUGCGUUGGGCCUUUUCGAAGGGCUACGAACGAUCACAGGCCAUUAAACUGGCGUGGCGUUCUCGUGCCGACUAUCAUCCAUAUCAACCACCGGUAGGACAGCCAGACCCGGAUUCUGACUCAAGACGAAAUGAGCGAACACAACCAGAUGGUACCCCUGGAUCAUCUGCACCAGAUGCGCGUCGACAUGAAGCCACUGGAUCUCAUUCCGGCACCUCUACGGGUAACUUUCCCCACGUUUCGUCGCUACCUACACAUAUUGCCGCCUCCCAAAUUACUCCGACACGAAUUCUGCCGCGCUCGCGCUUCUCGCAGACACCAUCAACACCUUCACCAAAAGUUCCAGAAGCUGUAGUGCAGGCACCCGACAACUCCCGGCCGCAACUCAGUAUUCCCAAGCAAAGCACGUUAAACAACAAGGAUCAAUGGUCCCCUUCACACGGCCACGGCUCGCCGGUGAUGCUUCAACCCAUACCACGGGCGUCUACACACAGCUCGUCUUCAGAUGGCUCAUCACCACCAGAGCUCAGCACGACACAGCCCAUUUCACAGUAUCCACCCAUCAGGAAAUCCCCGCCCUCUCACCAAAUACCUCCAGGAACUGGGGUGUAUCAAACAGCUCAUGUGGAGACUGUCUAUCCCUCACCCACAAGGCACACUAUGCUUCCGAGUCCAGGGGCUCCAUACCAAGCCACAAUUAUCCCCCAUCUCGCUCCAGGCUACCAUACCCCUUCGGUGGUUCCCCCUCCGCAUUACCCUCCCGUGGCACUCGCCACAGAACCUAUGGCUAUGGCCGGCUAUCCAUACAUACAGCACCCCACAACGCACUCGGUUCAACCGCAGUACGGCAGUGGUUACCCCACAAUCUCGGAUAGUCUGGCGUAUGGCAGCAUCGGGCAUGACCAAUAUCUUCCCACUCACGUCCCUUCAACCCAGCCACACCCUCCUCAUACACAGAACAACACAUACUUUCAAUAUGCUCCAAGCGGGGUAUACUAUACGCAGCGAUAA